GAGUCCACAAGCUGAUAAUCUCGCAGCAGACCGGCGGACCCGACGUACUUCAAGCUCAAAGUAGAAGCGAAUUUGUGUGCUCUUCGAUCUUAGCCUGUAAACUUCAUGCUCCUUCAAGUCGAUUACCAAAUCCGCCAUGGACGAGCAACGCAUCGACAUGUCGAAGGGCAUAAAAACUGCUGCACCCGCGGAGACGGCAUCGACAACCCCGUUUAAACGCCGAAGGUUAUCCCAAGCAAGGUUCACGAACACUUCGUUCCACUCCCCGGUCAAGAUCCUACCCGAGAAGAAACCCGAGAGCGUGGACGAUCUUCAACGGGAGCUCGACAGCCUCACAUCGAAGUCUCGGGAGAUCGACCAGGAACUGAACGAUCUCCGGGCGCAAGGCUUGAAAACCGAAGAACUCGACUGGCACAUCGAAAAACUCCACGAAUACAAUGACGUCCGAGAUGCCGCGCACGUAAUGAUCGGACAUCUGGCCGUUUUGGAAAGAGUUACGGUCCGAGAGAAGCACGAGCAGUACGGCCUUCCGCUUCAUGAUUGAGAGUGUGGCAUCAUCCAGGGUGUCUUUUCCCUACUGGUCUCGGUGUCUGCAUUGUGUGAAGCCACAACGACAAACACAAAAAACAAGAAAAUGAAUUCCGAGCUUUUUUU